AAUUAUUUCUACACUCGAUUUUCUCCCCAUAUAUAUAUUCAAAGGAAUUCGCAGUGGUUCAUAGUUUGGUCACUAGAAUAGAAUUAUAUUAUAAGAGUGACCUAAAAAUGAUCAAUGAACGGUAAUGGCAAACGAGAGAAUCAUUUCUUGGAUUUUCCUCGAACGUGUCAGCUGACUAACGGACCGGUAAGCAAAUACCUUUAACGUGGCCAACACGAACAUACUCAUGAAUGCUUUGCCAACCUAUCGUAUCUCUGAGUUAGUAUGUGUGAGACGCGUGCGUAUACGAACACAUAUCCCUUCACUGUCUGUCCAUAUCUUGGAGACGACAUUGAACCUACCUUGGAUUCGUAUUCGAAUGGAACGUGGGCGGACUUGUCAGUGUUCUAUGUAAAUAAGUAGGUCAGCCUCGGUCAUCGCCGUGCACGACUUGCACCGAUUUUUCCGACUUUGCCAUCCUCGAUUCUCCAUCGAUAUAUUCGAAUCGACUUUUAUCGAUAAGCCAUUUACUCCCUUCAAAUAUUGUCGCAAAAUAACAUUUAUCCAAUUAUUGAAAUGAUUUAUUUUAAUAUAGCUUUAAAAUACGAUUAUAAAUUACAAUUAAAUUUCUUACUUUUCAAUAUAUGCAACAUGUAUUUAUGACGUAUGAAAAAUAUUGAAUAAAAUAAAUCUUUUUACCAAUACUUGAUACUUUUCACAAUAUUUAUUCGAACAUGUGGUCUAAUUGUAUUUUUGGUUGUAUUUUAUUUACACCAAAUAAUGAUUAUUAUUAAUGACGAAUAUCACGACACGUUUAUUUAAUAAUCGCACGAAGGAGAAGUUCGUGCGUUAGAGAUAUUGAAUUCACAAUUCAAUCGAAACUGAAGAGCGUUAUUUUAGAUCAAUACCAUUUCACAGAAAAUAUUUUUUUCGAUUCUAUUCGCAUAACUACUGACGUAUAGUAUUGCUUUUCGACUUUACACUUUGUAAAUACAAGCAUAUAACGUUUCCGUGAAUUUGAGUGAGCGUAACGACCGUGUAUACCUAUUUGUCAAGUUUAGAUUUCACUUGGAAGAUUCUCAUGUUCGAGAAUAAUGCAUGUAGCUUUCAUUUCUAUAUAAAAUUAUUCGUUCCAAGAUCGAAAGGUCACUUUCAAAAAAAAAUAUUGAAACUGAACGUUCUAAUAUUUGCAAUUUCCUGUGUAUAAAAAAAAAAAAAUCAAAUUCUAAAAAUUUACAGGAUAAAAAGACCAUAGACUUAAUAAGCACGAAAAAAAAAAAAAAAAACAAGAAAAACAAUGUGCAGUACUCGUGACGAGUUCUACGAUCGUUUUAAAGGAACGAUCGAAGAAAGUUAUCACAUCGUGGCCACUUUGAUGCUCGUAAAGGCGAUAAAAGAGAGAAGACACUUUCCUACGAUGGUACAACACAACACGCACCGAGUGAAAUCUUUUCAAACGCGAACUCUCGAUCGCGUACUGGAAGAAACAUCCGACACUUGCCAUGCGUGUCGCGUAGAACAGGCGAAACCGGAAUUUGCAUGUUUGCAUUUACCUGUGCAAAGGCGAACGGCACGCAUCUUGGCACAUGCAUCGAUCGUUUCUAUUUCGGUAGUUGUUGUAAGAUCGACGAAGAGCCGGACGUUGGACCUCAGGACAACAGCAUCGACGAUGGACCGCCAGCAACAUCAAGGCCGUUCGUCACUACUCACAAUCCCAUCGAGAGCAAUGACAUACCCCCAUAUUUUCCAAGGCCAAAGCCUAACGACCAAAGCAAACCAUCUGGUACAUACACCACUGUGGCUACUACGAUCACUCAGGCAACACAAAGUACUAAAAGUACAUCGCAUACACAUGGAGGGAGUACAAAGAUUGUAACAAAGAAACCAACGAUACAGACCAUAGAAACGACGACACAAUCGAUUCGUCUAUCGACUUUUCAAACAGUUCAAAACGGCUCGUACGAAAAAUUUACUACUACAUCCGCACCCUCCAAGAAUUUCACUAAAAUCUCUACAGAAAGUACAAAGUAUUCGUCCAAUACGUCUACUACUUCAACAACUUCUAAACUAUCAGUCGGUACAACUCAAAAGCCAACAGUUCCGUUCAAAAUUACGACUUUAUCCACAACGUCAAGACCAAUCGUAGGUACAUCGAAACCGAUUACAAAAAAACCUUUACACACUACGAUAUUACAUACAACUACUCAAACGAGUAUUCAACGACCGAUACAAACAACCACAUCGAAAAGUAUUAUUACAACGACGCAAAAGACUGUGCCUUCGACAAGAUUUCCACCAAGAAACACGACAUCGGUCAAGCCAGUGACUCAACAAUUUACCAAGAGACCACCUACUGUUAGCACGAAGAGACCCCUUGUCACGAGCACGAAAAGACCCACCUUGUCUACCAAAAAACCAACUUUACCCACAAAAAAACCGACGACUCAAAGUAAUUCUUCGAUUGGUUCUAGUCACGGAACGACAACGGUAGCGUCGACUUAUUUGACGUCUAAUAAGACAAAACCAACGUUCACAACGACUGAAAGCAAUCUUUUGUCUUCUACCGAAGAGACACUUGUAACUUUGGUGACGGAAACAGUGAGUUUUGUAACUCGAAAGCCGAUUACAAUCACUACUGAGAAACCUAUUUAUCAUAAGAUCACGACCAAACCUAAACCAACCACUUCUAGGCCAGUUGUAACGACUAUAAUCAGUACGAAGCCUACUAAGAUCAGUACAUUAACUACUGAUAAAUUAGAAACAUCUACCACGCAAAAGACAACUUUCCAAACCACUACAAGUAAUUCAACAUCGGAGAUUACCAAGUUUAAGCCAACUGAGAGUUCAAUUGAAACUACGAUAAAACCUAUUAGAAUUACAACACCUACGACCGUAUCUGUCGCUAGCUUCAUUAGUUCCACUUCCUCGACUGCGAGUAGUCAAACGUCCAAGGUACCAAUUGUCAACCAGACUCUCGAAGAAGUACCACAAACUACACCGUCAUCUGGUUUGGUCACGUGGUCUUCCCAUUCCGAUGAAACACCAACUAAAGCAACUGACGUUUUAUCCACAACCAAAAGACACGAUGAAAUAACGGAGAGCGAAUGGACACCCAUAACAACGCCGGAUGGUUGGGUAAUGAUCCAAUCACCACCAACGACCGUUGAAACGUCCUCGGAAAAUCUGGGAAGUUCGACGAUUAAAUUAGAGUCUCUCUCGUCUACUGUAUCGUCUGAUGUACCUGUGAGAUCAACGACGGAAGUUCCAACGACGACGGAGCAAGUUACAGAGACGUCAACGAUUCUGACGACAUUGUCAAGCAUCGCUACUAUAGCCGUUGAUACGGAAACUCCGAUAUCGAUAGAAACUCUAAAUAUGUCGGAUUACAAGCAAGUUUGCGGAAGGAGAAUAUUUCCCGAGUCGAGGAUCGUGGGUGGCAAUCGCAGUACCUUUGGCAAGUGGCCCUGGCAGAUCUCGUUACGUCAAUGGAAGACAUCUACCUAUUUGCACAAAUGUGGAGCAGCCUUGUUGAACGAGAAUUGGGCUAUUACCGCGGCACACUGUGUUGAAAAUGUAUCACCGGCGGAUUUAUUGUUGAGGAUCGGAGAAUACGAUCUAGCGAACGAGGAAGAACCAUAUGGAUUCCAAGAAAGGCGAGUACAGAUCAUAGCGAGUCAUCCACAAUUCGAUCCAAGAACUUUCGAAUAUGAUCUUGCACUUUUGAGAUUCUACGAACCACUUCCAACAUUCCAGCCAAACGUUUUGCCAAUCUGUCUUCCGGAUGACGAUGAAACUUACGUUGGUCGUACAGCUUUUGUUACUGGAUGGGGAAGACUUUAUGACGAAGGACCACUGCCAUCCAUCUUACAAGAGGUUGCAGUACCGGUUAUAAAUAACACGGUAUGCGAAGCUAUGUACAGAAAUGCUGGUUAUAUCGAGCACAUACCACAUAUCUUCAUUUGCGCAGGAUGGAGAAAUGGUGGUUUUGAUUCCUGCGAAGGCGAUAGUGGCGGCCCAAUGGUGAUUCAAAGGGCACGAGACAAACGAUGGUUACUAGCGGGAAUUAUAAGUUGGGGAAUUGGUUGUGCCGUACCAAAUCAACCGGGUGUCUACACGCGUAUUUCCGAAUUCCGCGAAUGGAUCAAUCAAAUCUUACAAUUCUAAUCCGACUAAUUAAAAAGUACGGAUGCGUAAGUUCUAUGAAUCGUCAGCGCAAACUGGACGAAUUCUGCGCUCCGAGGAGGACUAGGAAAAGAAGGACGAAGGUUGAAUUCCGGAAUAAGAAUUCGUAGCUUUGAUUUCGAAUUUCCCGGGAAAGUGAAAAUGAUGAGGAAACGUUCAUAGAUGCCACCUGACGUCAAUGUUGAGAAAUCGCGAAAAGAACGUUGGAUAACUGAACUAUCUGUUUUAUCAACAGUGACAGUAAUGCACGACGAAGUUACGAUUUGUACGAUAUAUGGCGUCUUUCGAUCAGAAGUGCAUCUCGACGUCAUUUUCCUCGAAAUCGCGUCUUAUUCGAAUAUCGAUCGAAGAAUGACUGAAGAAUGAUUCCUUUCUUUUUUUUUCCCCUUUAAUCUCAAAAGAUUGGCGUGCAAUGUAGAUGCAUGGAAAUUUGAGAUUUUCUUUAAAAAACUCAUUAUUUUCCUUUGAUCGGAAAAAGAAAGAAAAUUGAAAAGAGUGGUAAAUUCGAUGUGCCUCGGGUAAAAUGGUAUUAUCGAAUGGAGAGCUUGUUGACAGCAGGAGAAUAAAUUGAAAAUGAUUUUCAUUGCCACGCUUCGAUAUAAAUGCACGAUUUACCAACGCAUCUAGAUAUUUACAAAGGACGAUAUUCAAUCUCGAGCAUAUUAAAUUUAAAGUACUUAAAAUAUUCGAGAAAAGUUAUUCGCAAUAAUGUUUUUAUUUGCAUAUAUAAAACUGAUUAUUUCGCGCUUCACCGAACUCGAUUUAUAUGCGAUUAUUCUCGUUGAAUAGAAUUUUUAUAUUCAUCGUGUCAAAACUCCGUAAACACUGAUACGUUUGCAGAGUUAUCGUUUUUUUCUUUUUUUCUUUCUUUUUAGAAGUAACCAUACGCGACCUUAUGACGAUUACUAUUGUCGAUAAUUUGAAAAUAUUUUCAUAUGAAUGCAAUUGAAUAUUCUAUAUGAACGCCAACAUUUGGCAUGAAAGAGAACACGUUUCCACUGAUAACAAUUCAAUUUGUAUUUUCACGAGGACAUAUGUACGAACGCCGAAUCAAAUUCAUCGUUAUUUAUUUUACGACGAUUGUGCGUAGAAGCAUUAUUGUUUAUUCACGAAUUAUCGAUAGGACACGUAUCAUGCUUCAUUGCCAACGAAGCGCCAUAAUAAAUGGACAAAGUUUAGUUUAUAUACAGAUUUUUUUUCUGAAUUCUAGAGUAAUUCUUAUGUACAGUAAAAUCUCCGUUAUUCGGACAUAACAAUUUUUCUAAUUUUAAAUAUGUAGACAUGAAAAAUGUAAAAUUAAAACAAAAUCUGAUUAAGAAUACUUCUAUUGUACUCUCGAAAAAUGAUAUUAUAUUUUAUAGCUUAAGUUGGCAAAAUGUGGCUCGAAUAUGCAUACAUAUAUACGAGAUGAAUCAUUAAUUAUUGCUCUGGUCGAAAUAAUUUUUUAUCCACUUAUUUUAAUAUAAAAUGUUGUCACUUAUUAUAUGACGUAGUUAUUUAACUACUUAUUAUAAGAUAAAUAUUUUCUUUUUUACGAUCAACAAAUACAAAAUUAAUAUGAAAAGCAAUAAUUAUAAAUCCGUCCUAUAUGUAUUAUUAUAUAUAGAAUGAAAAUAAACGGCUCGUAUCGUAGCAACAACGGGACGAACGUUUCGACGUAUCGAAUGCGACGAUGAAAGAAAAUGUUGAAACAUUAAUGAUUAUUCCUCGUUCGUUCGCGAUGCAUCAUCGAAACGUUAUUUAAUUUAAUUUAUAUAAGCGUGACGCGCGAGCGUUACAAAUAAAUAAUUUAUUUUCACCGACGAGUCAGAUAACGUGAGAAAGUCGAAUAGUCGUCAUUCUGUAAAUAUUCAAUGCCAUCUAGCGAUCGUUCGGCUUUGAUCGACUCGUUGUAGUUUUUUUUUUUUUUUUAUUUCUGUUUUCUCAUUUUUUAUUUGUA